UUAUUUCUCUCACUAUUCCAACAUGGCGGCGGCCAGGAGGCUGAAACGCGUGGCGGCCUCACAACCAGGAUUUCUUAAUUUAAAGUCCACUUCAGACCAUGCAGACCUGCUCGGCAGAGGGAGAAGACGAGUGAACAAAAACAAGAAGAAAAGCUGGAACAAACACAGCGACGUGAAUGACGUAGAAGACUUUUUAGAGGACGUAAGACACCAGGAGAGGACCACAGGGGGUCUUCUGUCUGAGAAGCCAGACGACAGUUUGUUCUUUUUGGAUCUCGGGCAGCCAAAGAAAGCUGCACAGAAAGAAGAAGAAGAGCCUCUUGUGGGGAAGAAGAGGAAAGCAUCGCGUCCUCUGAGGAUAGACCUCAUCCUGCAGCAUGACUCCCUCGUUCCUCCACCCAAAGACGUGUUGGCCUUUCAACAACCUAAUGCCAAGAAACUCCGCCGAAUUGCCCAGAAGGCUGAGCAGCUGGCAGCCAAAGGCGUGGUGCCGCGGAGACAGAGACAGCUGCUGAACAGACGGCCGGUGGAAAGGACAGCCAAGAGGGCCGUGACAGAGGCAAACAACAACCCAGACAGAGAAUAUUACGACAUAUGGGGACAGGAGUCCAAAGACACAGCGGACCCCUGGUACCUUCAACAGACAGGCAAGAAGCGAGUCAAGCGUCCAGAGAAAUUGAAUGAGAAGCCAUCCGUUCUUCCUGCUGUGGAGGUCAUUGCUCCCGGAGGAUCUUACAACCCAGACUUCUUCUCCCAUCAGGCCCUCCUGCAGGAAGCCCAUGAGGUGGAGGUGGAGAAGAAAAAGGCGGAAGACAAAAUAGAGCGACAGCUGGCCGUGAACAGAGAAGAUAUAGUAACAGAGGAAACGAUUUUAAGAGAGCAGGUGGAAGGCCUGGUAGAAGAAGAGACUGAAGAGGCAGCAGCUCCUAAUGAGGAGGAUGACGAUGUGGCUGUGGGAGCCAUCACACUGUCCGAGAAAAAGACAGAGAGACAGAGGAAGAAAGAGAGGGCUGAGAAAGUUAAGGAUCAGCGACGGCAGGCAAACAGACAGAAGAACUACCAGCAGCAGCAGCUCUUCCAGCUCCGCUCCAUAAAGGCCUCCAUCAAGCAGCGGGACCAGAGAACCAAGGCCAGACAGACGCAACGCAAGGCCAACCAGGAGGCCCAGAAAGCCCAACCCAGACGCCUCGGCAAACUCAAGUUCCAGGCUCAGGACCUGGAGGUGAAGCUGAGUGAUGAGCUGGCCAGCUCCCUGCGACAACUGAAGCCAGAGGGCAGCGUGCUCAAGGACCGCUUCAAGAGUCUGCAGAAGAGAAACCUGAUCGAGCCAAGAGAAAGAGCCAAGUUCAAGAGGAGACACAAGGUGAAGUACCAGGAGAAGAGGGCUUUUAGAGAAAUCACUUAAAGCUGACCCACAGACCACAGCAGCUGAACACACGAAGACGGACCGCAUUCAAAGCCACAAACCCAGCAUAACGGAACUGUGUACAUACAGGUUAAUAAAUGUUGAAGGCCUUUCUGACCUUUUUCACACAAAUACACUCACCAACAAGUUAA